UUGCACUUGUGCAGUCUUUCAUUCUUACACAUUACCACCACUCUAGCAACAGCAAAAGCAUCUCUAAGCCUGAGGAAGCGGGGGCUGUGUACAAACAUUUUAAAUAACUUAAAUACAUGAAAAGGGCCAGCUCUAGGACUUUGUUUGCUAUGUCUUUCUGGUACACAGACCAGACCCGUGGAUAUGGUCUUUGCUGGAUUCUGCUGUGUCUGUUCUGCCAGAUCUCUGCGUUUAAUCUGGACACCACGACCCUCCUCAUCAAAGAGGGAGAGCAGGGAAGCUUUUUUGGCUUCUCGUUGGCUUUACACCAGCAACUCACUCCGGAACCUCACAACUGGAUUCUAGUUGGAGCUCCUCAAGCUAGAGGUGUUGGAAGUUUGAGGAGCAGCCGCCCUGGUGCCCUGUACCGCUGUCCAGUCACAACAGAGAAGUGUGAACGGGUUGACAUCGAUGGAAAUGUGAGUGUGGAGCGAGAGAGCAAACACAACCAGUGGUUGGGUGUUACGGUUAAAAGCCAGGGCAUUGGUGGUAAAGUGGUGACAUGUGCUCACCUCUAUGAGCUUAGACAACAUGUGAACCAGUCAUAUGAGACCCGAGACCCGAUCGGACGCUGUUACGUAUUGAGUGAAGACCUGAAAGAGCGAGAUGACUUUGAUGGGGGGGAGUGGAAGUUCUGUGAGGGUCGACGUCAAGGUCACGAGCACUUUGGAUUCUGUCAGCAGGGUAUGUCGGCCAGUUUCACACCUGACAACAACUACAUCCUCUUUGGAGCUCCAGGAACCUACAACUGGAAAGGUCUGUUGUUUAUGGCUAGUCCUGUUGAAGAUGCUCUGGUCUAUAAAACUCUGGAACCUUCUAAAAGCUCUUUUGAAGACGUCACUCAAAACAGCUAUCUGGGCUUCUCUGUGGACUCUGCUAAAGGUUUAAUGAGUAAGUCUGAGCUGACAUUUGUGGCAGGAGCUCCACGAGCCAAUCACACUGGAGCUGUAGUUCUGCUCCGCAAAGACAACGUCUACAGAUUGAUGCCGGACUUCAUCCUAUGGGGGGAGGAACUAGCCUCGUCCUUCGGUUACUCUGUGGCCAUUGCUGAUCUGAACAGUGAUGGUUGGACAGAUCUUCUAGUGGGGGCUCCAAACUUCUUUGAUCGUAAAGCAGAGAUCGGGGGUGCGGUAUAUGUGUUUCUGAAUCCAGCCAGUCACUGGGAAAAGGCUCGACCAAUCCGACUCAACGGAACAUACGACUCUAUGUUUGGAAUUACCGUCAGCAGCAUUGGAGAUCUCGACCGGGACGGUUACGACGAUAUUUGUGUUGGAGCCCCAUUUGAUGGUGAUGGGAAAGUUUUCAUUUAUCGUGGUUCUCCGUCUGGCAUUGACACCAAACCCUCUCAGGUUCUAGAUGGGCUGAAUGCUGGAGUGAAGCGACUGGGAUAUUCUAUAUCAGGAGGUCUAGAUGUUGAUGGAAAUUUUUACCCAGAUCUUGCUGUCGGAUCCCUCAGUGAUCAAGUUGUGCUUUACAGGUCUUGUCCAGUGGUCCAUGUGAUUAGAGAUAUCUCCAUUGAGCCUCAGUAUAUUGACAUCACUCAACACAACUGCCAGGGUCAAGACGGUGUUUGCGUGGAUGUGAAGGCAUGCUACACGUACACCGCUUACCCGGACUCCUACUCACCACAUAUCACACUAGGUGUACAUUUCCAGGCUGAUGAAGAGCGCAGAAAGUUGGGUCUGCCUCACAGAGUUCACUUUCUGGAUCGGAGCCUAUCAGAAGCAGAGUAUGUUCAUUCUGUGGAAGUGGAGCUACAUGGGCAAAAACAUCACGACUGUCAAACUGUGACUUUUGUCGUACAGGAAAAUAUCCGUGAUAAGCUGCGGCCUGUGUCUCUUGCAAUCACACACACCAUACGCAGAACGAGACAUCACCAGUACACUGAACAUCUCAACCCGCUGGCCCCCGUACUGAGCCCCAGCCCCUCAAACACACUCUAUUCUGAGGUUAAUUUUGUAAGGGAAGGUUGUGGUGAGGAUAAAAUCUGUCAGAGUAAUCUUCAACUCACCUAUCAGUUUGGCACAAAAGCGGCCAUUACAAACACCUUCACUCCUCUACUGCGAGAUGAGUCGGAUGUGGCCAUUUUCUCUCUAUCGGAUCAGAGGUCAGUAAUGUUAGAAGUCACAGUCACUAACUCGCCCUCUGAUCCAGAACACCCUCAGGAGGACGGUGAUGAUGCUCAUGCUGCACAGCUGCAGGUGUCAUUGCCAAACACACUGUCAUAUUCUGGACACAUGGGACAGCAGGUUUUGUGUGAAGCCAAUCAGAAUGGCUCGCAGGCUCUGUGUGAAUUGGGUAAUCCACUCAAGAGAGAUGCUACGGUCAAAUUUUAUCUCAUUCUGAGUAUGUCUGCGAUCACUAUAGAAACCACAUCACUGUCUGUUCAGUUAAUGAUGUCUACGAUAAGCGAGCAGCCUGGUCUGGUCCCUAUAAUCGCAUAUGCACGAGUGGUGAUAGAGCUUCCCCUGGUGCUCAGCGGGCUUGCUCGCCCCCAUCAGCUGUUCUUCAGUGGAGUCGUGAAGGGAGAGAGCGUGAUGACAUCACUUCAGGAUCUGGGCAGUGCAGUGGACUAUGAAUUCAUCGUGUCAAACACUGGUCAGUCUCUCCAGACAUUUGGCUCGGCAUCUCUGAAUAUCUUGUGGCCGUAUGAGUUAAUAAAUGGAAAGUGGUUGCUUUAUGCUAGUGUUCUGAAUAUGGAGGGGCAAACACACACUCAGUGUGAACCACAAUCUGCACUGAAUUCACUCGGGCUAAACCUUAAUGAACCUCCACAGACAGCACAACUUAAGAGCAGCAGAAAGGUGCGUUCACAUGUGGAGACUGAAAGAAACUUUGCCCACAAAAACCCUGAGAGUAAAAUCACUCCUGCUGUAUCUGCUUCCGAGAGGAGAAGAUCUGUGACGCUGGAUUGUUUGCUGGGCUCUUCACGUUGUCUGGUCUUUCAAUGUCCUUUACAUGCAUUCUCUGGCUUGAUUCAUGUCAGGAUCCAAGCCCACUUGUGGAACAGCACCUUCAUUGAGGAGUUCUCAUCUGUGAGUGCUGUUGAGCUGGUGGUCAGAGCAAAUAUUACCAUUAAAUCCACCAUCAAACAUCUAGUUUUGAAGAACGCUGCUACACAGGUGUCAGUAAUGAUUUAUCCAGAGCUGGGGCUGUCCGAUCAGCACAGCAUCCCAUGGUGGAUUAUUCUCAUCGCUGUCCUCGCUGGAAUUAUAGUUCUCGCACUGCUUGUUUGUUUGCUGUGGAAGUGUGGUUUCUUCCAAAGAGUUCAGUAUACACAUAAAGUGCCUCAGUAUCACGCUGUAAAGAUUCUGCGGCACGAAACACAAUUCAUGGACAAGACUUUGAUUUUGCACAAGAAGCAGUGGAUGACCCACUGGAGUGAUGGAACGAUCUGAUUUGCUACUGGACAGACACUGCAGUGGACUGAGCUGUUGUGCCUUUGAUUUUGAAAACCUGACCAUAAACUCGUACAUAUCACCUUUAUCAAGCAAGUGUCCUUUUCAUCAGUGUAAUGCAGUUGGAAAGAGUUGACAAUUUUAGUAUAUGGGAGAGUGGGGUAAUUUGUGGCACUUGUAACUUAAGUUUUCCUCUAGUCGAGGAGAAAUGCGACUGGAUGUAAAACUAAUGAAGCUAUUAUAUAUCUGGAUGUGUACUAUCAACUUAAAAAAAAAAAUUAAGAAAGCAUUUUUUGCAUAGAAAUAUGGCCUUAAAAAAUAUUAGAAUAAAUACUUUUUUUUUUUAAAGUGGUCCCCACGUUAAUGGUAAGAUCUUUCAUGGCAAGGGUUAAGUUGAAUUAUUGUUGAAUUUAAAUUUCAAAUACGAAUAUAAACAUAAAACAUUUUCCCCACAGCUGCCAAGUAUACAAUUUACUUUGAUAUGCAAUAUUUGUAUUAUAAAAAGUUCUUAUCACUUCACACAUGUUCAUCUCACAAUGACAUUACUCAUUAUGAUAGGCCCUUUAUAAAUAUAAGGUAUGGUCAAAUGUGCAUAAUUUGCUUGAUAAAGUGACACAUUUUAUCCCAUGUUCCCUAACAUGUCCAUAAUUUAGAUCACAGAAAUAAAAAAUUAGCAGAAUAGAGAGAUCUAGCUGGAAAUAUAUAGAUAGAAAUAUCUGCACAUAGUUUUAAAGAUAUUAUAUCAUGUUUAAUAUUGAAUUAAUUGUGAUGGUAUUUGUAAACUAUUACAUCUGCAGUUAGAAAUGUACAUUUAUUAAUUUUACAUAUUUUAUCAGUAUGUGUGUUCCCUGCUAAUCAAACCCACGACCUUGCCGUUGCAAGUGCCAGUUGAGCUACAGGUUAGCUGUUCGAGAAUUUUGGGGGAACAUCAUGGAAACAAAAAUGCUAACAGUAAAAUGUGUGUACAUGUGUAAAACAUUUCGGAUAAA